CUUUUUUCAUUAUCCAUGAUAUAGGAACUUUAAAUUGGGUUGAGAAGAUGAAUUGGAAAAACGCAAAUUUGUGGCAAUAUUCUUCCAGAUAUCCCUUAGUGGUGCAGGAGAUCAUAGAAGGUUAUGAGAAAUCUUACGACAAUUUCGCCAUGUACUGGGUGAACAGAGCCGGUCACAUGGUACCAAAGGACAAUCCAGCAGCAAUGGGAAGGAUACUGGAAAAAUUCACGGAACAAUAAAUCAAAUUUCAAGAGAUCAAAUCGUACAACGACUACGAAAUGGGGGAUUCAGAAAUAAAUUAAAAUUCGUGUAAAAU